AUGCAACACAAUGAUACAAGUUUAAAUAAUUUAUUUACAAAUAUUGAACGAUUAGGUACACGUGAUUUAUUAUUCUAUGGACAACUUUCAUAUGAUACUAUAUUAACAUCAAUCCAAAGUAAUAAUACAUUACCAUUAUCAGUUAAUGUUCAAUUAUAUAUCUAUCUGAUUUAUUUUAUAUUACUUGAACAAAGAACUAAAGAAUAUAAUGAAUUAUAUAUAAAUUUAAUUGAACGUAAUUAUAAAUUAAUAACUAAAACUCAUGCAUAUACAUUAUGUUUAUUUUUACUUGAAAAACAAACAAUAAUUGAUAGUUCAUCAAUAAUAUCAUCAUCAGAUAAUAUUCUUAUUGAACUUGUUGAAGAAUUAUAUACACGUACAAAACAAUCAUCAACAUUACCAUAUGAAGCUUUACUUUUAUUACGUCCUUUAUCAUUAUUACUUGCACACAUUAGUUUUUUUUUCGUGCUUUAA